AUGGUGUGGGCAGUGCCAGCCCUGGCAGCCGCCACCCUCUGCCUGCGUGUCUCCACAGAGCUGGUGAAAGCCACAGUGGCUGUGCUGAUUAUCGGAGCCGCCCUGUCCAAGGCUGAGCAUCCCCAGCUGCUGUGUGACAUAGAGCCGGGCACCAUCAGAUCGGAUCCCAACAUCCUGGACAAGCUGAAGCUGUGCCCGGCGCUGACGGGGGCUCAGCAGGAUGCCCUCAAUGCCCUGCUGCUCUCGGGGCACACCGAGCACGGGGAUCCUCCGAGCUGGGAUUUGCAGACCCUGCAGGAUUUGGGGCCGCUCGUGCUGGCGUUGAACCAGACCACGCUGAGUUUGGUGGCCGAGGCAGCACGGGAGGGUUACCGGAGCAUCGCAGCCUCCUCCACCACCCAGGGCCGUUCCCAGCGGGACAAAUCCCUGCCCGUGCCCGGCACAGCCGCUGCCUCCCAUCCCCGGCUGGAGCGGAGCUCGGACCGCUGCCAGACCCAGCCCAUCACCGCCAGCACCAUCGAGGACAUCCUGACCCUGAGCCCGGAGCAGCUGGAGCUGUGCCUGAGCAGCGCUGUGCUCGUGGAAAAACUGGAGGAUGUGCUGGACCUGCCCCUCACCACAGGGAUGUUACAGAUCCUGAAAAAAAAGGUGGAUGAGUUUUUCCCCUCGGGGAUCCCGGAGGAGCAGCUGCCGCGCCUGGGCUCGCUGUCCCGGCGGUUCUCGGAGCAGGAGAUCAGCCGGUGGCCGGUGACAUCCAGGGCCACCCUGUCCUCCCUGCUCAGCCCCUCGGGGGGACAGUGGGACGAUGGCCAGGUGCAGCAGCUGCUCAGCAGGUUCCUGGCCCUGGGGGGCUCCUGGAGCGGGGCCCUGCUGCAGGAAAUGGGAGGCACCGUCCUGUGCCAGCUGCGGGAGGAGCAGAUCCAGCACAUCCCCCCUGCAGCCCUCGGCACUGCUGGGCAGCUGGACAUCUCCUCGUGCUCCCAAAGCAAGAAGGAGCAGCUCUAUGGGAAGGCUCGGGAGGCUUUUGCCAGCCUGGGCAGCUCCCCCAGCUCCUAUUUCUGCAGGAUCCGGCCCUACCUGGGUGGAGCUCCAGCAGAGGAUCUGAAGGAUUUGGCUGAUGCUGGUGUGGCCAUAAACAUGGAUCUGGGCACAUUCCUGGCCCUGAACCCCCAGGAACUGCAGAAACUCAGCGUCCUGGAUGUGAAACAUCUGCUGGGGGAAAACCUCCCCGAGCUGAAGGGAGCGGAGCACGAGCCCUCGGUGCAGAGCUGGCUGCACAAACAAUUCCAGCAGGAGCUGGACUGCGAGCUGGGCAUCGGGCUGCAGGGAGGGCGGCCGGAGCCUGCGGGGACAGCCAGCGCCACCCCGGCCACUGUCACCUCCCUGGGGAGUGCCACCAGUGCCACCCCGGCCACUGUC